GUGUGACGAACGCGAGUACGUUUCACUCCAUUGUCAUUUCGAAAUGAUGAGCAUUUCCGCGGUCUCAAAGUGAUUCAGUGUCGAAAUAUUUCAGCCCGUUUUUACGGCUGAGCCACGAUGGUUGAGUCAAUCGGGAAGCGUAUUGAAAGAAAUCAACGAUAUUAAGGUGGAGCUAAAGGAAUUAUAAAAUGGCUACAAAAUCAGAAGAUACAACAUCUAUUGAUAAUACUAAUGAUGGAGAAAGCAUGGACAAAGAGGUAUUAGCAAUUAGUGGAAAUGAUGAAACUAAUCAUCGUAUUCCACCUACAUAUUUGUAUAAUCCAGGUUCUGAACAAAAUACAGGAAUAUCCAAUCAGGAUCAAAGUAAUAGAAAUCGUACUCAAGCUACAGAAGAUCAAUUAGGACCUUUACCAUCAAAUUGGGAGAAAGCUUACACAGAUACAGGAGAAGUUUAUUUUAUAGAUCACAAUACAGGUACAUCUCAUUGGUUAGAUCCACGUUUAUCUAAAUUUCAAAAAAGAUCUCUUGAAGAAUGUUUAGAUGAUGAAUUACCUUAUGGUUGGGAAAAAAUAGAUGAUACUCUUUAUGGUACAUACUUUAUUGACCAUGUAAAUCGUAGAACUCAAUAUGAAAAUCCUGUGUUGCAAGCAAAACGGGCACAACAAAAUUCAGGAGAAAGAAAGAGUCCUAAUUUUACAAGAAAUCCUGACAAAUUAAAAGGCCAGAGAAUAAGAACAACUUUAAUAAAGAGUUCAAGAGGAUUAGGGUUUACAAUUGUUGGUGGAGAUGAUUCAGUAGAGGAAUUUUUACAAAUUAAAAGUGUGGUGCCAAAUGGCCCAGCAUGGUUAGAUGGAAAAUUGCAAACUGGGGAUGUCUUAGUAUAUGUUAAUGACACAUGUGUUUUGGGUUUUACACAUAAUGAAAUGGUAAAUGUUUUUAAAUCAAUUAGCAGUGGUGAAACUGUUACACUGGAAGUGUGUCGUGGUUAUCCAUUGCCAUUUGACCCAAAUGAUCCAAACACAGAAGUUGUUACAACUAUUGCUGUUAAUGCACCAGAUAUUUUAACAGAAGAUCCUAGAAUGUACAUGGAUUUGGAUCCUGCUUUGCAAAGUAAUGGUCGUUUUAAUUUUUUGGAUACUACAUUUUUGCCAGUCCAUAGUCUUCAAAAUGGUGAAAAUCUUGCCACAACCUCUGUCAACUCAAUGCCAGAUCUUUGUAUUUCGGAUAAAAUUAAUACAAUUAAAAGACCUAGUAGCACAGAUAUUUUAUUAUCCGAAAGCAGUGAUUUAAAUGAUUGUAAAGACUCAUCAAUGUCUUCCAAACCAGAAUUUUUCAGUAUUGCGAUUGUAAAAGGUACUAUGGGAUUUGGAUUUACAAUAGCAGAUUCUGCUCAUGGUCAGAAAGUUAAAAAGAUUUUAGAUCGUCAACGUUGUAAAAAUCUAAUGGAAGGUGACAUUUUAGUCAACAUAAAUGAUAUUAAUGUGAGAAAUAUGUGCCAUUCAGAAGUGGUACAAGUUUUAAAAGAUUGUUCUCGCAAUGAAGAAGCAUUAAUACAUGUGCAAAGAACAACAUCAAAAUCAAAUGAAAAAAAAGAAAAAAAUUCACAAGAUUUCUUUAGAAGUAAAACACCUACAGCUGACAUUUAUAGCACUCAGACAAAAACUGUUGUCCCAAGUCGUCCAAAAACCCCACUUAUUGAUACUAGGAAUCGCCCAAAGUCCCCACCUGGUGCAAUUAGGUCAAAUUGGAAUGAACAAAGUGAAAACGAACUAAAUCCUCUAGAUAAUCGAUACAAAUACUCAGAAUACACACAUGGCAUGUAUUAUAAUGAUCCAUAUAAAGCAAAUAUAACAAAUUUAUCUGAUAACUUUGCUACAAUGACAAACUUAGAUGACGAUUCUGUAAGAAAUGGUGCAAAGAGAGACUGGGUUACAAAUGAAAAAUUAAACAUAAACAAUGAUGUAUAUUCUAUUGAUAUACCUCAUCAUGAUAACAUGUUAAAACAAAAUGGAUGUUUACAUUCAGAUUACUAUAAAGACCUGUAUACAUCACAGUCUCAUUCUCAAUAUAGUGAACAAGAUUACAAUGUUUAUUCUAUAGGUCAAGAACAAAAUGUUGACACUGGUGAAAUAUGGGAUAAACGAAAAGAAACUACUAGUUUUGAGCAUGAGCAACCACAUUCCAGUUCAAUACCACGAUAUCCUCAAUAUAGUAACGAGUUAGUAUGUCCAAUCGUGCCUGAUAUAGAAUGGAUAGAAACAUUGGUAACUUUAGUAAGACAGGAUACAGGAUUUGGAUUUAGAAUAGUUGGUGGUACUGAGGAAGGAUCUCAACAGGUUUCAGUUGGACAUAUAGUACCUGGUGGAGCAGCAGAUUUAGAUAACAGACUAAAUACAGGUGAUUUAAUUAUGUCAGUUGAUGGUGAGAGUGUUAUGAAUUCAUCACAUCAUCACGUUGUUCAGUUGAUGAUAGCCGCCGCUCAAAAUGGUAGAGUCACAUUGGGAAUUCGUCGACGAAUUAACACUCAAGAACAUCUUCCAGAAAAUCUUCAAACUCCAUAUAAUAGACAAAUAAAUCUACAGUAUCCUUAUGAUGUGACGGUCACUAGAAUGGAAAAUGAAGGUUUUGGUUUUGUUAUCAUUUCUUCAGUUAAUAAAGCCGGUUCGACGAUAGGUAGAAUAAUCGAAGGUUCACCCGCGGAAAGAUGUGGGCGAUUGAAUGUUGGCGAUCAUAUUCUUGCCGUUAAUCAUGUAGAUAUUACAAAUGUUUGUCAUAAAGACAUUGUGAAUUUAAUUAAAGACUCGGGUUAUUCUGUUACAUUGACAAUUGGUUACCCUCUUGAUGAUUGUUGUAGUAAUACGUCUUUAUCUCAAAAGGAUGAACCAACAUGUGAUGGAGAUGGAGGUCAAUAUCAUGCUGUUGAAUUAACUCGUGGAACCAGAGGAUUUGGUUUUAGUAUUCGGGGAGGACGUGAAUUUCAAAAUAUGCCACUAUUUGUAUUGCAAAUUGCAGAAAAUGGUCCAGCAUCUAUCGAUAAUCGAUUAAGAGUCGGUGACCAAAUAAUUGAAAUAAAUGGAAUUAAUACUAAAAAUAUGACACAUACAGAAGCUAUUGAAAUUAUACGAAACGGUGGACCAUCCGUUCGACUUUUAGUUCGACGCGGUUGUCAGAUGCCUUCAGUGUGAGAGUUAGAUUAAUACUGUUUUACAGUACUAUGACAUUUGGUACAGAAAUAUCUGGUGCAAACAGGAAACAGUGUGUUAUAUUGUAUAUUUUAUGGAGUUGGUUAUACAUAUAUGUAGGUAUGUAGUAAGAUAUAUACUUUUUAUAUGCGACACGUUGAAAUCAAUCUUUACAACACCCACAUGUGCAGCUUUUAUAUUUGAUAA